AUGAGAGAAAAAGGCGUUUCGAGCAAAUAUCUUCCCGAGAUAAUCGCGUCUGGUCGAGCAGUUCAUCGAAAAUCAUCGAGCUCAGGCUGUGAUCAUCCGUGGUGCGGUACACCUGUCUUGGUGACUCGGCCAGUUGGAAUGAACAUAGUUGACCUGGUCAAAGCUGGCCGGUUUACCCCGGACGAGGCUAUAAGGUGCUGUCACGAUUGUUUAUCCGCGUUAUCAUCGGCUAGUGGCUCUGCUGGGGUUCGGCACGGGGACAUAAGACCUGAAAAUAUCGUACGUGUGAAAAGAUCGGAGUUGAAGGGAUCGUGUUAUUAUUAUGUGCUGAUCGGGUGGGGCCACGCGAUUCUUGAAGAGAGGGAUCGACCGGCGAUGAAUCUUCAUUUCUCGUCGAGUUCUGCUCUUCAGGAAGGGAAAUUAUGCUCCGCAUCAGAUGCGGAGAGCCUUGUGUACACCCUAUAUUUCUCGUCGGGUGGGGAUUUGCCUGAGUUGGACUCGGUCGAGGGGGCUUUGAUUUGGAGGGAAAAUUUGUGGUCGAGGAGGUUGAUUCAGCAGAAGCUGGGUGAUAUAUCUGCCGUGCUGAAAGCUUUUGCCGAUUAUGUUGAUAGUCUAUGUGGGACACCUUAUGCAGUCGAUUAUGAGAUUUGGCUGAGGAGGCUGAGGCUACAUGUUAAUGAAGAGGAAUAG